AUGUCAUCAUCUACCGCAAAGCUAUAUCCUCCCUCAAAGGAAGUCUCCUCCACAGCUCCCACCAAUCCUUUCCCUACUCUCCUCCAAACCCCAUCAGGCCUAGCCAUACUCGAGCUCCAAGGCACCAUCAAUCUCCCUCAAGAUUCCAAUGGGGAGACUCUAAAAGAUGUUGAGGCCGGCAGACUAGAGUUCCCAGACUAUUCACCAGACGCCAUCGGCACUGCCUGGAUGCAGCGAGUCCAUUUAUAUAUCGGGCAGCAUCAACGCCUGCAUGGCGAGGUGAAGAAGCUUCCCAAGGCGCUUGCCGUGGUGAGAAAACGCCAGAAUAAAGAGCUGCAGAGCUCUGCUGGGCCUUAUAUGGAGCAAGGAGAUAACCUGGAGGUGGUUGAGAUUGUCAAGUACAAGCUCAUGUUUACAACUCGGCCAGAACCUGUCGGAACAGCCCAUGCACCAGCUUCAUGA